AUGAUUCCAGCUCGCAGCAGCCCACCCCAAUGCAAGGUCCCGCGCGGCUCCGCUCGGGCUAAUACCUACGUAGACGAGCCCUUUAAUCUAAUUUACUCUAUUUUCGAAAGGGGCUAUGACAGGCGGUCUUGCGCGGACUUUUCGUGGGGAACUUGUCAAAUGCAAGCAAUCCAGGUUUGCCCGGCCAGUCGCUUGCCACCUGAUCAACGGUGCGGCAGAAGCAACUCACGAUAUGGUAUACUAUUUAGGAUCCCUUGCAUAUUGGGACAUGCAGCGCAGUGCAGCAAGGGGGUACGGAGUACCUACCUACAGUUAAGCAUUUCUUCUGCGGCAAAGACACGGGAGGACGCAACCUGGCACCAAAGGGCGGCAGCUAGCUGGUGGCGAUCUAUUUCAGACUUGGAACAUUCCUAUCUUGCGAUCGCAGCCGAAACAGAUUGA